AUGGGAUUUCAUUGUCCGACAAAGCAGCGGCGUCGUCGACGGUCGUUCCUUGAAUCCCUCUUCUCCAUUUUCAUCUCAAGAGAGUCCAACAUGUCUACUAACAAGGGAGAAGGUCGGCGAGAAGAUGCUCUCGUCAAACAGCGCACCCAGAUGCGUGAGGAAUUUGAAAGGCAGAAACAAUCCCUCAUCAAUGAAACCGAGAAAGCGCGGCCUUCAUCAAAUCGUUUCGUGGGGCAAAAUGAUUCCAUGGAGGAAUCGUUGAAGAACAGUACCGUUGGUCUUGUUCGCUUGGAGGAUUUCCAGCAAAGGAGAAAGGAGUUGGAGGAGGCGAAGGCUAGAGAAGCAGCACGGUCAAAUGAACUAAAAGACGACGCAAAGAAGGCCAAGAAGCGUAAGAAAACCGCCCGAGCUACCUUGUCUUUUGCUCUCGACGACGAGGCCGAAGCAUUUGGGGACGCCUCUGGUGAUUUGAAGGGAGGCAGCCCUACCCGGGACGAACAAGACGACGACCCGCCGGCCAAACGAAGCAAGUUAAAGAAGAAUCCGAACGUCGACACGUCGUUCCUCCCAGACAGAGAGCGAGAGGAGGCCGAACGCAAGGAAAGAGAGAGACUCCGGCUGGAAUGGCUCACGAAACAGGAACAGAUCAAGAAAGAGGACAUAGAAAUUGUCUACUCUUACUGGGACGGCAGCGGCCAUAGAAGGAGUGUCACGUGCAAGAAAGGCGAUGAUAUUGCCACCUUCCUGGAGAAGUGCCGCGCGCAAUUUCCUGAGCUUCGGGGAGUCAGUGUUGACAAUUUAAUGUAUGUUAAGGAGGACUUGAUAAUACCCCAUCAUUAUACUUUCUAUGAUUUCAUUGUCAACAAAGCACGAGGCAAAUCUGGUCCUUUAUUCAACUUCGACGUCCAUGAUGACGUGCGUUUGCUUGCGGACGCUACGAAAGAGAAAGACGAGUCGCACGCUGGCAAGGUCGUUGAAAGGAGCUAUUAUCAGCGAAACAAGCAUAUAUUUCCUGCUUCGCGCUGGGAGGUUUUCGACCAAGAGAAGAAUUACGGGAAAUAUACCAUCGCAUGA